AUGCAUGGACUGAAAUUAAUUAUACGAACGUCUCAUAAACUGGCUCAAUGGCACACACCAUACACGCAAAAAACAUUCAUUAAUUAUAAUGUUAAUUUAAACCUAACGCACAGCAUACUCCUUUUAGCUUUUCAGUUCAGUUAUGCUAUGAAUUCUAAAGAAAGAAGUUCUCUGAUAACAGGCGAAAUCACCAAACAUAAAUUUCUUUGCGCAGGAAACAUUAAUGAAGUUACGGUUCAUGAGAUUCGCAUAAAUUCCUGCAACAUGAUUUUAGGGAAAAAGUGA